CUUCCUCUCUAUAGCGGCGUCUCGUCUCAGCCGCAGGAAGCGCGUGAUUGGCGCAGCAGUGGGCGUAGCCAUGGUGCUGGUGUUACUAGUUGCCAUCCCACUAUUAGUCCACAGCACUAAGCUGGGCGGAGUCGGAGGCGGAGCCGGAGGGACGCAUUACGAGAUGCUAGGUAGCUGUAAGAUGGUGUGCAACUCUUUCACGCCCAGUAACGAACUCACGCCCGUGUCCCCGCCUCCCCAUGACGUCCCCACGCGCAGGGCCGGAGGGAAAUCCAGUUUCCGUGGGAUUCCGGGCCUACCAGGACCCCCAGGACCACGAGGGCCCCCUGGAGAGCCAGGUAAACCGGGUCCUCCGGGUCCACCAGGUCCAGGCCCAGGAGGAUAUGUCCCAUCAUUCUACAGCCCCAAAAUAGCGUUUUACGCUGGUCUGCGCAAACAACACGAGGGCAGCGAGGUGCUCAAGUUUGACGACGUGGUGACCAACGUGGGAAACUAUUAUGAGCCAACGACAGGAAAGUUCACCUGUCCUUUACCUGGGAUCUACUUCUUCACUUACCACGUCCUCAUGCGAGGAGGAGAUGGGACCAGCAUGUGGGCCGACCUCAAGAAGAACGGACAGGUGCGGGCGAGUGCCAUUGCUCAGGACGCAGAUCAGAAUUACGACUACGCCUCCAACAGCGUUAUCCUGCACUUAGAUGUGGGGGAUGAAGUGUGUGUGCAGCUGGACGGAGGAAAGGUUCACGGAGGAAACACCAACAAAUACAGCACCUUCAGCGGGUUUCUCAUCUACCCUGAUUAACACACACACACACACACACACACGGAGAUGGACCCGGUGCGUUAAUACACUGAUGCUUCUGUGAGUUACUGCAUGUUUGUUUGGAUCAUUACAGCUUC